UUUCUCCCAUUUUACAUAAUAACAACCCAAACGAGGCCGAAGUCAUUUGGCCAACGGCGGGUCGCGUUUUCCACCGCUGUUCCGUGCUCUCUUCUUUUCUGGAAGGCGAAAUACUCGCACGUCGUCAUCGUGGCCUUACCCUCUUCCUGACCUCGAAGUGAAAUGCUGCUUAACGGCGCUUCAUCGCCUGCGUCCUUCUCAACAGCUCGGGCUCGAAACUGUAAUUGCACGAUACUGAGAUCAUCGAAUUAAGAAUCCAUCCCGGUAUCCUUUCAAAAGUGGGUGGAGAUGGCUUUCAUGGCGGUCCUCGAGUCAGAUCUGCGUGCCCUUUCCGCUGAAGCCCGUCGACGCUAUCCUGCCGUGAAGGAUGCCGCUGAACACGCCAUCUUGAAGCUUCGCUCUUUGUCGGGUCCUAGUGAGAUUGCUCACAAUGAAGACAUAGUGCGGAUAUUUCUGAUGGCAUGUGAUGCUAGGUCGGUUAAGCUAAGUGUCAUCGGACUUUCUUGCCUGCAAAAGCUCAUAUCACAUGAUGCUGUCGCACCUUCUGCUCUGAAGGACAUCCUUUCCACUCUGAAAGAU